AUGGUUCAGGACAAAGUAUCUGAACAUGCUAAAAUUGUUGGAGUUGCAGAACGCCUGGACACCCUUCUUCUGGACUGCAAAGACCUCAACUCUGAACAGUGGGGCUCUCUAGAGAAUGAGGCUAUUAUUGCUGUCUUUUCACUUUUAUACUGCUGCAUCAUGGAAUGCUACGAGCUCAAACCUACUCCGCUGGCAAUCUCGUCUAUGGGUGUUCUAGGGAUCUGGACUACAGGAGAUGGGCAUCUUCACAGCAACGGAAAACUGCGGAGGCCAUCGAUUAAAUGGACAAAGGGACGACAUGAAGCAUACCGGGCCGGUCGUAUACCAAUCUCGGGCGCCUCUUGA